CCUGACAGCGUCGACGCGCGUUCAGAUGACGUAUGUGAGUUUCAACAGCUGAUUGAAAGAGGUCGCAGUUUAUCAAACAACUCACAACAUAAACCUGCAAAAAAAUCCUUUUGGUGUUUAUUGUGACUUCUACACUGAAACAUUUACGUAAUGACUUAGUCUGUAAUAUCUUACCUCGCAUUUUCUGUGGCGCCACACUGUCCAACCAUGGAUAAGAUUUUGGAGGCACUGGUCAGCUCCUCCCACCCCGUGUCAGUCAAACGUGCUAUUGUGAAAAAAGUAAUGGAGGCUGCAGAAAAAGAGGUGACAGAGGAGCAAUGCCAGGCCUUGUACCAUCUCACUACCCGUCUUAUUCUCGUGGGCGAGGAUUCUUUUCAGCAACAGGUCGGUCUCCAAGUGCAGGAGGCCUAUGCACGCUACCACCGUGAUGAGUUUGCAAGCUUCUUCAGCAAGGAGUAUGUGAUUGGUCUCCUUCAGCAAGGUUACGGCUCUUUGGACCGCCGAGACCCGGCCAUCCUGGAUUAUCUUCACAGCUCCCUGAGGCUGCUCAUCAGUUGCCCGGCCGUGUUAGAGUUGGCACCACUGCUACAGACGGAAGUCCUGCGGAUCAUAUGUGAACGGCCAGAGCCAGCAACCUGUGCCAAGCUAGCCAUCAUACUGACGGACUUCCCCCAGUGCAUUCCACGAGAGAAGUCAGGAGUUCUCUUCUGUCAGCAGCUUGUACGCACUUUUGUGUAUUUCCACUGUUCUGCCUCUGAAGAGCGGGAGUUGCGGGAGUAUGUGACCCAGGUGACCAGGGUGAGCACGCUACUUCAGGGCAUCUGGAAGGUGGAGACGGCCACACUGCUGCCCUCGCUUCAAGAAGUGUUUGCAAUCAUCUCCUCUACAGACCCUUCAUUUGAACCCUCAAUUGCCCUGGCAAGCCUGGUCCAGCACAUCCCUCUGCAAAUGAUUACAGUCCUCAUCAAAAGCCUGACUACUGACCAGAAUGUCAAAGAUGUCAGUAUGACACAAGCACUCUGCAGGAUGAUUGACUGGUUGUCCUGGCCUUUGGCCCAUCAUGUGGACACCUGGGUCAUUGCUUUAUUGAAGGGACUUGCUGCUGUUCAAAAGUUUACCAUUCUCAUAGAUGUCACACUGCUUAAAAUUGAACAGGUCUUUAAUCGUCUCUGGUACCCCAUUGUGAGACAGGGAGCGCUGGUGGUUCUGUCACACAUGCUGCUUAGUUUCCAGCACUCUCCUGAAGCCUUCCACUUAGUAGUACCCCACGUAGUGCCAUUGGUGCAAUCUUUGAAGAAUGAUGGCCUUCCCAACAGCAAAACCUUUCUGCUGCAGUUCGCAGAACUCAUCCACUGCAUGAUGUACCAAUAUUCUGGCUUCCCAGACCUCUAUGACAGCAUUCUUGAAUCCAUUAAAGACCUGCCUAAACCCAAUGAAGAGAAGAUUACAUUUGUUCUGAACCAAAGCGCCUGGACCUCACAGUCCAACUCAUUUGCCUCAGGCUUGCUCAAGCUCACAGGCAAAUCAGAAACGGGGAAGACGGGACUUGUGAAUCUGGGCAACACAUGCUACAUGAACAGCAUCAUCCAGAUUUUAUUCAUGGCUACGGAUUUCAGACGACAUGUUUUGUCACUGCAUCUGAAUGGCUCCAACACCCUUAUGAAGAAGCUCCAGCUUCUUUUUGCUUUCUUAGCCCACACACAGAGAGCAGCAUAUUCACCAAGAAAUUUUUUGGAGGCAUCUCGACCGCCCUGGUUUACAGCUGGAUCCCAGCAAGACUGCUCAGAGUAUUUACGUUUUCUGUUGGACAGGUUGCAUGAGGAGGAGAAGACCCUCUCUGACCUUCAGGUGAUCAGUCCAAAACCUGAACCUGCUUCCCCAUCUGCUGAAACCGUUCACAGUGCUGCAGGUCAGCCGGUUGCUGACGUGCCAUCAAGCUCUGAUCCCAUGGUUGCCAAAGAAGGACGUACUCUCGUGGAGCGCAUGUUUGGUGGAAGACUGUCAACAGCCAUCCGGUGCCUGAAGUGCCACAGCCUGUCAGAAAAAGAGGAGCCGUUUACAGAUCUCUGCCUCGCCUUCUGCCCCUCCAUGUCCCAACCACAGGGCCCCACUGAUGAGUACAAAAGCUCCUCCAACGUGGGGCCCUGCCAAGGGGCAAUGAAUGGGGGCAGUGAAAGCUCAGAGAGUUCUGUAAAAGAAGCAGGAACCAGGACGGAUAGGCCUGUGGCAGAGCCCACUUUGUCUGUGCCAGAUUUAGUAGACUAUUUCCUGGCACCAGAAAUCCUAGAAAAUGACAACUGCUACUUUUGCGAACACUGCGGCUCGCUCCAGAGGGCCGAGAAGGUCAUGCGGGUGGUGGCAGCGCCCGAGUACCUCAUACUGACUCUGCUACGCUUUUCUUAUGAUGCCACGUGCCACGUACGUCGCAAGAUUAUGGACAACGUAGGCAUCCCGCUGCGCAUGUGCCUGCCUCUGUGCCAACAUGCCAGCGCUGCUUCCUCAGAUGCAGCUUCACCAUCCGAGUCACCCGACAGUGGUGAGAAUCUAGCUAAGAAACUCAAGCCUUCUCAGAAAGAAGAGGGUGUGACGGACAGCAGGACGAAAAUCGAGAGAGCCGAAAGCGGUUUGGAAACGCUUCCAGUGCCGUAUGUUUUAAGUUCAGUUGUAAUGCAUUCUGGUAUGUCUUCUGAGAGCGGUCACUACUACUCGUAUGGAAGGAAUGUGAGUAGUACCGAUGGGUAUGUAGCUCACCCAUGUCCUAAAAAUCUGGAAGGUUCCAGCCUAUCACAAGAAGAAAUGGGGUGUGCCGACCACAAGCCCAUCGACUGGUUCUUGUUUAAUGACAGCCGAGUGACUUUUACAAACUUUCAGUCUUUGCAGAAUGUCACAAGUCGCUUCCCUAAAGACACAGCCUAUGUUCUGAUCUAUAGAAAACAAGAAGUUAAUGGACAAGAAAGCAAUGGAGGGGCAGUAGUUAAUGGCUCGAGACUGAAUGGAGAGCCACCCCUACAGAAAGAUCUGAUGGAUGCUAUUACCAAAGACAAUAAACUCUUCUUACAGGAGCAGGAACUGAAUGCCAGAGCCCGGGCUCUCCAAGCGACUUCGGCCUGCUCAUUUCGGCCCAAUGGUUCUGAUGACAAUGAUCCCCCUGGCAGCUGUGGACCCUCAGGUGGAGGUGGAGGUGGAGGAGGAGGCUUCAAUACCAUCAGCAGACUCGUCUUCUAAGAAAGCAUCAACACUGGACAGUCUCACCGACAACAUCAGACUCAAUUUUGUGUCCUAAUUACACUAAUCUGGUGCCACUUCAGAUCAGAUUUGUCUUUUUUUGUGGUUUGCAUGCAUUUUUUGCUUUUCUUUAAAGUUUAAUGAAUCCAGUACUACAGGUCAAAAAUAGGCAUGCAAUAAAUUUGUACAGAAUACAGUCAUUUUGGUCUCAACCUAAGAACUUUUGUUCCUUUUUUAAACAACACCUCAUGAGGCAGAGAAUAAUUGUAAAAAUUUAAUAUUUUUGGAUCAAACAAUAAACUAUGUGCAUUAUUUUUUAACCGGAAGUUCUUUAACUUCUGGUUUUGGUAUUAUAGUUGUAGUUGUAGCGAUUAUUUAAUUGCACUUAAGUUGUUGUAUUCAGGGGAAAUGUUUUUACAUUUUUAGCUGAUUUUAUGUGCCUUUCAAUUAAGAUUUCACCGAAUUAUUUGACUGGAUAGAAAAGAACCUUGCUCUUGCUGUACAGUGUCAAUAUGUAAUGAUUGUUUUUGCUCUUUAGUAAAGAAGACUCCUUAAUGAAU